GCAGCGCAGGUGGAGAUCUCCGGCAUUAAAGUGCGCCACCCGGGGAUCCUCCUCGGCCACAAACAAAACCUUCCUCGUCCCCCGCGCCUCCCAAAUCUUUCCCUUCCACUCCGGGACACCCCCCUCUCGUUUCACAUCGCAUUCAUCGCCCCGUCCGCUCUAUCCCCCAGGCCUCGACAGCUCCGUAGGUCUAGCCUCGUGCGCGCGCUGGCGCCUCGAUCCUCCAGCAACUACUACUUCUACUAGUACUACCAGUUGAGCUUUCCUUGUAGUCCUUGUCCUCGGGAGCGCGAAGGAGAUCAUUACCCAUGGGGAGGAGGGCGCCGUGCUGCGACAAGAAGGGUCUCAAGAAGGGGCCGUGGACGCCGGAGGAGGACAAACAACUCGUCGACUUCAUCCAGGCCAACGGCCAUGGCAGCUGGCGCCUGCUCCCGAAGCUCGCAGGGUUGAACCGGUGCGGCAAGAGUUGCCGGCUACGGUGGACGAAUUACCUGCGGCCGGACAUCAAGCGCGGGCCCUUCACCGCCGAGGAGCAGAAGUCCAUCAUCCAGCUCCACGCCAUCGUCGGCAACAAGUGGUCCAUGAUCGCGGCGCAGCUGCCCGGCCGGACGGACAACGAGAUCAAGAACUACUGGAACACGCACCUCAAGAAGCAGCUCCGCCGGAUGGGCCUCGACGAGCCCCCGCCCGGCCCGACCGCCGCGCGCCACAUGGCGCAGUGGGAGACCGCGCGCCUGGAGGCCGAGGCGCGCCUCUCGCUCCUCUCCUCCUCCGGCGCCGCGGCAACGGCCACCACCUCCGGCUCCGCGUCCUCUUCAUCGACCGCGGCCGCCGGCGCCCCGAUGGCCGAACACGCGAAGCCCGCCGACGUCUUCCUGCGCCUGUGGAACUCGGAUAUCGGGAGCUCUUUCCGCAAGGCGGCCGCGCCGGUGUCCGUCAAGGAGGAGGAAGCGGUGCUGCCGGGGGCGGGGGACGACUCCUCGGCGGCGUCCAACGAGAUGGACGCGGCGGCGGCCGAGUACCAGAUGUUCCUCGACUUCGCCGGCGAGGAGCUGGGUCUGUUCCACGGCCGGCACGGCGGCUACUCGCUGUUCCCGCCGCUCGACGUGCUCUCAGAGGCGUCCCUGGACACGGCGUUCUAGCAAGACUGCUGCUAGCGCGGGGGUCACGUACGUACGCCUGUGGGCACGUACGUAUGUUGUAGAUAUGCUUGCCUUUUGUGGCGUCCGAUGGGCUUAUGGCGCGCGUAUGGGAGUAGUUAGUACGUGUGCCAAGCAAAGAUGCACGAGAGAUUUUUGGUAGGAAGCUAGCUAGGGUUUCAGUUAGUAGGAGGUUUAACUGGGGCUAAGGCUGGACAUCAUGGUGUAUUACGGCUUGUGAUUGGAUUCUCUCCGGAGACGCUCUAAUACAUCGUAUGAUGUUCGAUCUUAA